CAACAAACCCAAUUCCCAUAAAGGCACAGUCCCAACUCUUUCCUUUCUCUGUUUCAGUUCCACCAUGACCCAUCCCAUUCUAUUGCUUGGAAUUAUGAUAUUAACAUAUUUUAGAGGUUCUCAAGCUGAAAAUACCUUCUCACAAUAUUGGAAAGAGCAUAUUGGUCUUUCACAUCCUCCUCAUUGGUUAGCUACAAAGGCUUCUCCAUUAAACCUCCAUCAGGAAGUAAUGUUUAUCAACCUGGUGGAGGAAAAUGAAUUAGCUUCCCACUUGCCUUCCUUUUGUAAGUAGGCUAAUAUUGCUUGUUCUACAAAUGCACUGGUAAAGAAGACAAUGAACAACACAACACUACCACCAAUAGCCAUAUGGAUUGCAGAAAUAGUGAAAUAUGAACACAUUCCAAAUGAAACACCCCUAUUAGUUACCAGUCAAGGGGGAGUGCCAUUUUUUAGGGAGUCAAUGGUGAAAGAGGGAGAUUUCAUGCUUAUUCCUGAUCUAAGGGAUCCAAUGUCAUACAAAUCAUUCUUGCCACGAUCUCUAGCUUCAAAAAUCCCAUUUUCUUUUACCCGAAUCGAGGAAUUGAAGAAGAUUUUUGGUGUGGUGGAUGAAUCAAACAUGGAUGAGUAUAUUCAAGAUACCCUAGAGAUAUGUGAGGAAAGCCCCAAUAUUCGAGGCGAGCAGAGCAUAUGUGCUACUUCCGCCGAAGAUCUAAUCGAUUUUGUUGUUGAGAAAUUAGGAAACCAUGUACAUAUAUGGAGUACUGAGAGCAUUGAAGGAUCUUAUGAGAAUGUUACAAUUGGAUCUGUGAAACUCAUAUAUGGAAAUCUCUCUGAACCACCAGCCUUAUGUCAUAGUCAGCCAUUCCCAUUUCAAGUCUAUUAUUGUCACAUUUUACCGAAAGUAAAAGUAUAUGCAGUUGAUAUACAUGCUCGGAAGAAAGUGAAUCAUGCGAUCAUGGCAUGUCACUAUGACACAUCAACUUGGACUCCAAAACAUCUUGCUUUUAAGAUUCUAGGUUUUGGCCCCGGCCUAAUUGAAGUUUGUCAUUGGAUACACGAGAAUGGAGUGGUUUGGACAAAGACUCUAGAUUGA